AUGCUGGCCAUGGCACUCUUCAAUUCUCCGGAAAGAUCAUCUUCUCCUCAAUUUGCAGGGUGCAUCGACCCCUCGACGUUCAACUCGAUAGUUCAUAGAGAUUCUUACGGGCUUUUAUCAAAGCAAGAGAAUAAUACAGCUUGUCUGGAAUUAUGCGGUAACAAACGAUUCAGCUAUUCGUAUUUCCUUCCACGCACUUCAGAAUGUUAUUGCACGAAAACCGAAUCGAUCGAUCCUUAUCAGAUUGAAAGUGGUUGUGAUAAUCUAGGAGGGUGUAAUUCUUGUCAAGCUAUUGUAACAUACCUCCAUUCUCCCCUCACAUUCACCUCCUGCUACUCCCUCCUAUUCGGUAAACCAUUUCUGGAUUUCCAAGCCGAGACACUCGACAGCUGCUUAUCGAUCUGUUCGACCGACAUAUACGAUACAGAGGUCGUAGGUGUUCGAUCGACUCAGGGAACGGAGGGAAACUGGGGUUGGAAAUGCGGUUGUUAUUCCGGUAGAAAUCAAGGCGCAUACAAAGAUAAAUACAAGAUGAAUUGUGGGAAAGAGAGUAUAUGGAGGUUUGAAGUUCCUCGAAAGGAACUGAGGUUUCAGUAG